CCCCGGGGUGCGGGUCAGUCCCGGGGUGCGCGUCAGCCCCGGGGUGCGGGUCAGCCCCGGGGUGCGCGUCAGCCCCGGGGUGCGGAUCGGUCCCGGGGUGCGGGUCGGUCCCGGGGUGCGGGUCAGUCCCGGGGUGCGCGUCAGCCCCGGGGUGCGGGUCAGCCCCGGGGUGCGGAUCAGCCCUGGCCGGCCCCGCCGGUUCUCCCGGGCUGGACCCUUCAUGCCCAGCGUGCUUCGGUCCCCGGCCCCGGGGGACGAACGUGUCACGGAACCAGCUCGGCAUUAACGCCCAGCCCUCGGCGCAGCCGGCGGCCCUGAUGAGGCUGCUGGGCGGCGUGGCCGUCCCCCUGCCCGAGGUGCUCCCGGCCGCGUCCCUGCGCGGGUGGGCGGCCGGUGGCCCCGGGGCGGCCGGGGAGCGGCGGCCGCCUGGACCGGAGCUGCUCCAUCUUCCCCCCGGAGCUGGCGGGGGGCUGCAGCGAGAAGGAGCUACUUGAUGCCGAUGUGAGGAGCGGCGGGGAGAGCGGCCGCACCAUGCCUCCAGCUCCGGGGUGGUGGCUGGUGACCGGGGGGUUCAGGAGAAACUGGUCCCCCUGCGACGCCCUGCCACAGGGCUGUGACCUCCUGCAGCAUCGGUACCGAGCCCGGCUGGAAGCAGCAGCCUGGACGGAGAGCCAGGGCGUGAAGCUGAUUUCUGUCACUGCAGGAAAGCGACCCCGUGGAGAGGGGAAUGACGGGGGGCUGCUCCCCAGGCAGCGUCUGGCCCACAAAGGGUUACACAAGGCAAUCUGGAGUGACACCACUGCCACCAGCCCCAGAGCUCAGCUCCUUCCUGGUCGGAUCGGAGGCUUGCCUGAAGUGGGAUUGGGGAAGGGGUCAGUGGCUGCACAGAGGAGCCGGAGCCAGUCCGUGCCCCCAGCCACCAGCCAGGGGCUGCCGCGCCGGCCGGCUGCCACGGCCGCCCUCCCUCGCUUGCGCUGGCGGGUGGCCACCAUGGAGGAGAUGCUGAUCUGGGAGCAGCACACGGUGACACUGAGCAAGGACCCUCAACGGGGCUUUGGCUUCGCUGUCGCCGGAGGCCGGGACCGUCCCAACAGGGCGACCGGAGACACGGCGCUGGUCGUGGCGGAUGUGGUGUCUGGGGGACCGGCGGUGGGCCGCCUGCAGAGGAAGGAUCACAUCGUGAUGGUGAAUGGCCUUUCCAUGGAGAACGCCUCGUCCUCCUUUGCCAUCCAGACACUCAAAACCUGCGGCAAGAUCGCCAACAUUACACUAAAAAGACCAAAGAAGGUCCACCUCCCUGUGAGCAAGAGCAGCCCCGGGUCCCCCACUGCGCCCCAGCGCUACGACUCGGAUGAGGACCACAGGUCACACGGUGGGGAUCCGGCCUUGCACCGGUCCCGGGAUGACCUUGACCACAGCCAGGGCUACGACGGGGACUCAUCCAGCGAGAGAAGCUCCGGCCACCACCGGGAUGACCACCGCCACCACAAGGCAGCAUCCCGGAGCUGGAGGCGAAGCCAGGACAGCAGCCACUGGAGGCAGAGCCCGGGCAGUGGCUCAGAUCGGAGGGGCCACAGCCGGCACCGCUCUGCCAACAGCUUCAGCCAUGAAGGGGACACCAACGGGCUGGUCCUGGUGUCGGGCUUCAAGCGGCUGCCGCGCCGGGAUGUGCUGAUGAAGCCCAUCACAUCAGUCCUGGUGAAGCAGAAGCAAAAUGAAGAGUAUGGCCUGAAGCUGGGAAGUCAGCUCUUCAUCAAGCACAUAGUGGAGAGCGGGCUGGCAGCGAAGGGCAGCUCCUUGCAGGAGGGAGACCUCAUCCUGAAGAUCAACGGGGUGGCCAGUGAGGACAUGUCCCUGGCUGACACCCAGCAGCUCAUCGAGCGGGCGGAGGGGACCCUGACUCUGCUCAUCCUCCGGGAUCACCGGCAGUUCCUGGUCAACAUCCCCGACAUAGAAGACAGCCAGAGUGACAGCUCCCGGAUGGAUGAUAUCUCCGACAUCGACACUGAACUGUCCCACCCGCCAUCCCCUGAGACCUCCCUGCAACCUCCAGCUGCUGCCAGGAUGGAUUCACCACCGGAGAGGAGGCGAUCGAACAGGGACCCUCCAGCCAACACAGUCACUGACAGUGCUCAGGGCCCUGACCUGCUGGAAGCUGUGGAGGGGGAUGGCUGCCACGGCCCCCGCGCCGGCCCCGCUGCCCGGGCUGCCCACAAGGACGGGCACGUCUCCAACUCCAGGGUCGUGCGUUUCGUGAAGGGCAAGAGCGUUGGGCUACGGCUGGCUGGCGGGAACGAUGUGGGCAUCUUCGUGUCGAGCGUGCAGGAAGGGGGCCCAGCCGACAGCCAGGGUGUCCAGGAAGGGGACCAGAUCCUGCAGGUGAAUGACACCAGUUUCCAGAACCUGACCCGCGAGGAGGCUGUGGAGUAUCUCAUGAGCCUGCCGCUGGGGGAGGACAUCACACUGUGGACCCAGAACAAUCAGGACAUUUACAGGAAGAUGAUCUCGUCCAACAUGGGUGACUCAUUCUAUAUCCGGACACACUUUGACUUUGAGAAGGACACACCUUCAGGGCUCAGCUUCAUCCGUGGGGACGUCUUCCACGUGCUGGACACCAUGUACCGGGGCAGACUGGGGAGCUGGCUGGCUGUGCGCAUGGGCAGGGACCUGCAGGAGCAGGACAAGGGCAUCAUCCCCAACCAGAAGAGGGCUGAGCAGAUCGCCAGCCUGGAGUCGGUGCUGAAAGCCACAUCUGGUGCCAACCCCUCUGGGGCACGGGCUGAGUUUUGGAAGCUGCGGGGCCUGCGAGGGGCCAAGAAGAUGCUGCGGAAGAGCCGGGAGGACCUGUGUGCCCUCACCAAGCAGGGCCGCUACCCGCCCUACGAGAGGGUGGUCCUGAAGGCAGCCAACUUCAAGCGGCCAGUGGUGAUCCUGGGCCCCAUCGCAGACAUUGCCAUGCAGAAGCUGAGCACGGAGCUGCCCGAGCUGUUCGAGAUUGCCCCGAGCGUGCCCCGAGACGGGGCAUCAUCCAAGGUCAUCAAGUUGGACGCUGUGCAGCAGAUCGCAGAAAAGGACAAGCACGCCCUGUUGGACAUCACGCCCUCGGCUGUGGAGCGUCUCAACUACGUGCAGUACUACCCCAUGGUGGUGUUCUGUGAGCCCGAGAGCCGGCAGGGCAUCAAGGCCAUGCGCCAGUGGCUGGCGCCCGACUCCAGGAAGAGCUCCCGGCGCCUCUACACCCAGGCCAGCAAGAUGAAGAAGUAUUGCAGCCACCUCUUCACCGCCACCGUCAGCCUCAGUGGCAGCAGCAACGCUUGGUACGAAGCGCUCAAGGACAUCAUCAGGGCGCAGCAGAGCCAGCCUGUCUGGACAGCAGUGGAGCAGGCCUCUGUUACCCCCACCCCGCAGGCAGAGGUGGCACUGGAGGACAGUCUGGACCUGCUGAACCCGCCGAGUGCGGCGGCCUCGGGCUACCUGAGCUGUGACAGCCAAGCCAACAGUGACUACGACGACACGGAUGGCGAGGCGGGUGCCUACACCGACGCUGAGGCCGAGGAGGUCUGUGACCAGCCUGGGCUGGCUCGCUCCUCCGAGCCAGCACCAGCGUCCUUAAGCCACGUCCCGAGCCAGCAGGUGCCCGAGCAGCAGUGGCGGGGCCAGCACUACGACAGCAUCAGGGAAUACGAGCACGCCGCUGUAAGGAAGAGGUUCACACGGGCCAGGGACGACUCAGACCAGGACGAAGGCUACGAGUGGGGCCCGGCUACCGACGUGUAGCGGCACCACUGGCCUCAAUCCCCCUUGGGCCAGCCUGGCCGCAGCCCCCCCGCCCCGGGGCCACGUUCUGAUCCAGGUAGUGCCAAGCACCAGCACCUGGCCAGGCUGGAUGGGGCCCCAGCCUGCUGUACCCCUCACCACCUCCUGCCUUCUUCCCCCUUUUGGCCCCAGCCUCUGCUGCUGGAAUAAAAGGGACGUUUUGAGCA